GGGCUCCCUGCGCGCGCGGGGAGGGCGCUGUGUGUCCUUGGGCGGAGCCGGGAGGUGACUCUGGCCGAAGAGGACGACGCAGCAUGAGGGCCCUGCGGGUGUCCCAGGCGCUGGUCCGCUCUUUCAGCUCUACAGCCCGGAACCGCUUUGAGAACCGAGUGGCUGAGAAACAGAAACUCUUCCAGGCGGACAACGACCUCCCGGUGCACCUGAAGGGCGGUGGGAUGGACAACAUCCUCUACCGCCUGACCAUGACCCUGACUCUGGGAGGCACUGUCUACAGCUUGUACUGCCUCGGCUGGGCCUCCUUCCCCCACAAGAAGUGAGAAGACGCCUGGAGGACCCAGGGAACUUCAGUAUCAAUAAAUGUGCUGGCUCUGG